AUGGCCUUCGACUGGGAUGACGACGACGACAGGACUUGCUUCAAGAACGUUUCGCUCGGCGGAUUAGUGACGGCGAUCCUCGUCGUCGGCGCCUCCCUGCUAGGAACUUCGUUGAAAAGGCUUGAAUCGACCGAGUACGGCCUCGCGUACGACUGGCACUCCAAGACACUUGCAGACGAGGCCUUGUCGGGCGGCCUUCACCUGGGUCCCCCCGGCUUCAUUUUCAUCAAGUUCCCCAGCACCCAGAUCAGCGCCGAUAUCAACGAUGCCACGUGCGUUUCGAAGGACGGCCUCAGGGUCAAGUUCGGCGUCUCCUUCCAGUACCAGCUUCCCAUGGAGUGGGUGAAGCCCGUGGUGGUCAAGUACAGGAACAUGGACAAAUGGGGGGGCAUCGUCUACGCCGCCGGGAUGUCCGCCGUGCAGCACUCGUGCUCGAAGUACGACAUCUCAAACUUUCAGAAUAAGCGCGGCAUCAUCCAGAGCGAGAUGGAGUCGAAGCUCAGAAUCAAGCUCGAGGGCCCCAACGGCGACGGCGCGGGCGGCGUGUACGCCAGAGCGAUCUCCCUGCAGCUCACCAACGUUGAGCUCCCGGAGGAAUACCGCGAGGCUGUGUCCGAGAAGCAGCAGGCUGACGAGGACAUCGAGUUGGCAAAGAACCAGCGCACACAGGAGACCACCAAGGCAAACACCGAGCUGCUCGCCGCCAAGGAGGAGGCGAAGAAGAUCAAUAACACGGCCACGAACGAGGCGGAGGUGAUCACCAUCGAGGCCACCGAGAAGGCGGCUGAGACGAAGUACGCGUUUGAGAUCGAGGCGGCUCUCUACAAGAAAAUCAAGACCGACAACUUUGCCAAAUUCGAAAGCAUCUUACAGUACAUGGCGAACAGGCUGUUUGAAGAGAACGAACGUCCCGUCAACGCAAUGAUGUCCUCGCCGGUGUACAUUCCUUCCCAGACGGUGAAUAUCGGCGAGAUGACCUACCAGUUGUAA